AUUAAAAGUGUCGGCGGGGCGGGACGAAGGGGUCGACCACUGAGGAGUAAUAAUUGUCUUAUGAGGGGUUUGCGCUAGCUCCCAGGCUUGCUGAGGAGCCUCUCCCCUCUUUGACUGCAAGAGGCACCAUGGGAGCCAAGGGACUGGCCCAGAAUGCAAAAAAUGAGAUCUGAUUAGCUCGAGGGGGCGGGGCAAGGAAAAGUUGCCAUGGAAAGGUAGACCCGCACAACUUUGCGAGUGGAGCCGGAGGUCAGAAGGAGUCAUGGAGUUGCAUACUCGCUUCCAAGAAGUAGAGAAUGCUAUUUAUUACCCGGGGAGAGAGCGUGCCCCCCACCCCCUCACUCCACAUAUUCCUGUAUCUAUCCUAGAUUCUACAUACCACCAUCGGAAACCACCUGACCAAUCCUCACAAUGUUCAAGGCCACCGUCCUGUCUCUCGUUGCUCUCCCUGCUCUGGUCCUCGCGGACGGCUUCCACCCUUUCGGCACUUACGCAGGAUGUGUCAAGACCAGUAGCUUGCCGUCUGACAGGCAGCUCUUCGUUCCCAGUGGCUUGUUGGAGCCCUCACCUAAUCCCGGCAAGGUUAUCAGCCCAUACUGGUGCUCGGCCUACUGCCGAGUCUACGAUUUCAAGGAGUACUCCUACUUCUCUUACUUUGGUAACAAGUGCUACUGCUCUUCCACUGGUCAACCCGCCUCUCAGUUGAUUACCGCUACCACCGCCAAAGGUUACUGUCACGAUUCAGACUUCAACUUCGACCUCACUACGACGCCGUACGAGUUCUCCGAUUGCUUCUCAGGAUAUAAAGUCUCAGGAGGUCAAGCUACCACUUCCACGCAGAGCGGUAUCGGCGCCUGCUUGACUGCAUGCAAUAUGCCAAGCGUCGCUUUCCAACCCUCUACCGGAAAAUGUAUCUGCCCUUCCCUUGGUCAGACAGUCGCUGGAUCAGGCACCAAGAUCUGCACCGCUUCUACCAUCUACUUGUACACCAACACACUCACUGACACCCUCGGCGGUAUAGUCAGCAGUUUGUAA